AUGCUACCAGCUGCGGUAAAAUGGCCUAUAAGGUCAGUCGUGCGCUCCAGUUUUCACUGGAGCUCUCUCAAUGUAUUAAGAGUUAGCUCUAAGCGUUUAAUCUCAACUGAGAUCCAACAAAAAGACGAACAAGCUGGUGAAUCUAAUACUGCCACUGACACAGGUGUUAUUCAUAAGACGGAGGAAGAAACUCUUCUGUAUUUUGACAAUGUCUAUCCCCGUGCAACAUCUCUCUGGAGUCCCACUCAAUGGUAUAACGCUUUGCUGUCAAAUCAAUCUCGGGACGCAGUGCGUUCCAAGAUCUUAGAAUACGCCAGCCCCAAAAGUAAUCCAAUCCACGGCCUUGAACUUAGGUCUACUAUUCCGGUCAAAAGGGAUGGCGGCGUUUUUGCCACUUUUUUGGUUCCUCCAAGGUACACCGUUGCUGAGGUCAAUUCAAUGAUUCAAAAAAACACUGCUGAGGAGUCCUCUAGAUCUAUUACGUCUUUUGUCACCACAGCCGCUGCGUUUCCAGUGAAGGGCUCUCCCUGGAUAGAGGAUCUCCGCAGACUGCCCAGCACUAUCAUCAAAAUCAAAUUUGAGGGCCAGCCUCUCAUUGAAGAGGAAAUCUAUUCUUUAUUCAGAAGAUAUGGCACCAUCGUUGAUAUUUUCCCACCAAAAAAGGGUGAAAGUACCGCAACCUUAAGAUAUCGCUCGUUCCGCGGUGCCAUUUGUGCCAAGAAUUGUAUUUCAGGUAUGGAGAUUCACAAUAGCGUGAUACAUGUCCAAUAUGAAAGACUCGCAAACGAACAUAUGGUAAGAGAUUUUUUCCUGAAUCACACCAGAAUAGCUAUACCACUACUGAUUGCCAUUUUGUCCAUUGUUGCUGUACUCAUUUUUGACCCCAUUCGCGAAUUUUCUAUUCAGCAGAAGAUCACGCAUCAAUUUUCUCUUUCAAGGGAUAAUUACUUCAUAAAGGAAUUCUUCAAGCUAACCUCCUAUACCGUUUCUUCUUUCAGAAGCUUCUUGGGUACCCAAAAUGUAGAGACUAACAAGAAACAGUUGUGGGAAGAGCGUAUCGAAAAAGUGAGUGAUUUGAGAAUGUGGCUGGAAGAGAAUAACAAUACUUUUGUGAUUGUCAGAGGACCCCGAGGAUCCGGUAAGCAUGAUCUUGUUGUUCAGCAUACUCUCCACGAUAGACCUAAUGUCCUUUACUUGGAUUGCGAUAAGUUAACCAAGUCAAGAACUGACUCGAAAUUUUUGAUGAAUGCUGCCGCCGAAAUCGGAUAUUUUCCUAUCUUUCCGUGGGUCAAUUCGUUGACCAAUGUGAUGGACUUAGCUGUGCAAGGGCUGACUGGUCAAAAAACAGGAUUAUCCGAAAGUAAAGAGACUCAGUUUAGAAACAUGUUAACUACGGCAUUGAUGUCCAUUAGACAAGUCGCCUUAAAGGGGUACCAGCCAGUGAUUGGCAGCGGUGACGAUGCUAUCACCAUGAAAGAAGAGGACUACUUACAACAACACCCAGAGAAGAAACCUGUCAUUGUUAUUGAUCGCUUUAACGACAAGUCUGAAAUGAAUGGAUUUGCGUUCAAAGAAUUAUCUGACUGGGCUGCUAUGCUGGUUCAAAUGAACAUUGCUCAUGUCAUUUUUUUGACCGAAACGGUGUCUCCAAACCAACUUUUGGCAGACUCUCUCCCAAACCAAGUUUUCAAGACCUUGGUGUUAUCUGACGCAUCUAAAGAGUCUGCUCGCUCAUAUGUUUUAGCGUCUUUAGACCACGUUGAGUCUAACAGUGACGAUGAAAAGUCCCUUACACCUAUGGAAAUCUCAGAUGAGGUAAAGAAAGAGAUCGAUGCGUCGCUUGAGCCCCUUGGUGGCAGAAUGCUUGAUCUGCAAGCAUUUGUAAGAAGGGUCAAAUCUGGCGAAAAUCCAAAAGAAGCUUUAGAUAAAAUGGUCGAACAAGCCCUGGAACAAAUUACUCAAAUAUUUUUGGCAGAAAACGUCGAACAAACUAGGAGUGCUCAAGCGUGGGAACUAAUAGAAAUGCUAAGCAAACAACCAGUUGUUCAGUUCAAGAACAUCGUCUUCAGGCCAUUGUUUAAAUCUGCGCCUGAAGCCGGUCUUCUGGAGUUGGAGAAAAACGGCCUAAUAACAGUUUCAAGAGACCGAGGUGUUUUGAAAGAAAUCAGACCAGCAAAACCCCUUUUCAGGGCGGCCUUCAAGUACCUAUUAAACAGUAAUGAGCUUUCCAGUGUCCUUGAAACCGGCUAUUUAUUGAAGGUGAUAAACUUCGAAACGAAGCGAAUCCAGAAGUGGGAGGAGGAGUUGAGAUCUUUAGGCAAAGUCAGUGACACCAAGAUGUUCAAGAGCCGACUGUCCUACCUUGCCGGUAAGAUUGAUGGUAGUAGUGACAGCAUUAAUCAAUGCGAAGAAAAGAUCAAAGAACUUGCUAAACUCUCCAAUCAGAAAUGA